AAAAAAAUGAAAAAUAGCAAAUAACACAAGCGACGUCUCUUGACUAGGCAACAUAACUCAAAUCAUCUUCUAGUACGUUUGUCUGAGCCUUUCGGUGUCACGGUGAAAUCGUCGUCGUUUGUCUGAGCCUUUCACGUUCGUCAAAACUCCAAACCUAGAAGGAGAGCCGCUCUCGCUCUCGCCGUUAAAGUCGGAGGUCCAAGAUGGGCUAGUGUUAAUUUAGGUAUCUUUAUCUGUAUGCAAUGUUCUGGGAUCCACAGGAGUCUCGGCGUACGCUUAGAUAGAAAGAAAGAAAGAAGUGCCGUGAGCUUGAAGAAAACGUUUCAGACCAAGAGCUACUGCUGGAACAAAAGCACUCUCCUUUCGUUUCUUCAGCUACCAAAUCACUCUCUCUCUCUCCAGAGUAAGGAAUGUCUGGAAAGAGUUAGUUAAACGGUUUCGUUUCUGGCGAGUCCAGUAGGUUCUUUGUUACUUCUUCUCACAGGAGAUGCGCAGAGAGAUAGGGGGCUGAGCUAUUGGGUGUGCCUUGCGUGUUUAAGCCUAAGAAGACUGCUAGCUGUGAGUUGUCCAUCUUUUCAUCUACCAUCUGCGUUGACUUGCUUGGAUAUUCAUGCUCUUAGACUAGCUAAAGCGGCGGUUUGAUUGCCUUAAUUCUCUCCCUUCGACCUUACCCAGCUCUCGGACAAGAGGGUUCCUGAAAGAAUGGGCAUGGUCGGAAGCGAAGAAAAAGAAGGUGCAUCAAUCAAAGCUCUGGGCUCUCUCUUCAAGCUUACCCAAAUCCAUCUAUGGGAAGAUGGGUCGACAGAUACUCGUUUGGUUCCUCUCUUCCAUGAGCACAAAGACAGGUUUGAAGAUAUGGGAUUGAUACAAGAGAUGAAGGCUCUGGGUCUUCCUGUUGCUUUUCAGACAAAUAAGGAGUGGAAGAACAGAACCAAGUCUAUCCACCAAAAGAAAAGAAUCAAGGAUCGAUCAGACGAGGUUAAUGUUGAUGUUGCAUCCCCUCUGAGUUUGUUUGUAUCUGAUUGCUCUCCACAUCAUGCUAUUGGUGGAGAUGAAGAGGUUGAUGCACCCUGUGUGGAAAACGACUGUGUUCAAAUAAGUGCAGUAGAACAAUAUGAUGAAGUUGCUUGCUUGGGAGAUGGAGAUAGAGAUUCUUUGUUGACAUCAGAUGCAACAGAUUCUCAGAGCUACGAACUCGGUGAUGAGCAUGGCUCUAGUGAAUGGAAAGUUUACUGGGAUUCUUUCUAUGGACGCAAUUAUUUUUACAACGUUAUAACACAAGAGUCUACAUGGCAGCCACCUCUUGAGAUGGAGCAUCUUGCUUAUAGCCAUGAAACCCAUAACUUGAAUGGAUUGCCUAUAGAGGCAACAGAGAAGCAGCCUGAUGACUUGCUCGGAGAGUCACCGGUGGUUGAUGUUCCCGCCGAACAAUCUGAUGAUCUUGGUGGGGUUUGUCAAAGUCAAUGUGAAACAAAAUCCCUAGAGGAAGUUAGCAGUUUGAUUGAUACAUACCAAGAAACUUCCAUUGGGAAUCAACUUCUGGAUAUUACUACUCUGGAAGAAGAGGGAAACGGUACAUCUGUUGUAAAAUCAAUUAAGAAGGCUAAAAAGAAGACAAGAAGAACUCGAGCCAAGAAGAUAUUCUCUUGUUCGAACACAGGUGUUCCUGAUGAAUAUUCUGAUGUCCUUGGCAAGUACUGGUGCCAACGAUAUCUCCUCUUCUCCAGAUUUGAUGAAGGCAUUAAAAUGGACGAGGAAGGAUGGUUUUCUGUCACUCCUGAAGCUAUAGCUAAGCAUCAUGCCUCUCGGUGUAGCGGAGGUGUAGUCAUUGACUGUUUUACAGGAGUUGGUGGAAAUGCUAUUCAGUUUGCUUCAAGGAGUCAUUAUGUGAUUGCAAUUGAUUUGGAUCCAAAGAAACUUGAUUUAGCGAAGCAUAAUGCUGCCGUAUAUGGCGUUGCUGAUAAAAUCGACUUUGUGAAGGGAGACUUUUUUGAGUUGGCUCAUAACUUGAAGGCAGGCACUGUGUUCCUAUCGCCUCCAUGGGGAGGCCCUGAUUAUCUUAAAGCGAGUACGUAUGACAUGAAGACAAUGUUGAGACCUCGUGAUGGAGACGCUCUAUUUACUGCGGCCAUGAACAUCGCAUCGACUGUUAUAAUGUUUCUUCCUAGAAAUGUUGAUAUUAACCAAUUGGCAGAACUAGCCUUAUCAACAUCUCCUCCAUGGUCACUUGAGGUAGAAAAGAACUACUUAAAUGGGAAGCUGAAGGCAAUAACAGCAUACUACUUCAGACAAGAUGGUUGUUAAAACUAAGAAUAAGACCGAGAUUCUUCUCACCCAUCAAUGAACGAAUGCCACAUGUAUCUGCAUUUGUGUCAGCUUGUGGAAUUCAAGUGAGAAUGACAAUGGAUUUGGAAUCAUAGUUUUAUGCGUUUGUAUAUAUAAAAUGUGUUUUUUUUUUUUUUUUGUAAACUUUGUGUUAUUAAGAUUACUCAGCCUCUUGUCACACAUUUCUUCAAAGUGUAAACUCGUGAAUGAACUUGUGCAGAAACAUUUAUUGUUACUGUCCAUAACUCGGCUUGUUUGCGUUAUUGUAUCUCGAGUCGACCUUCGUUA